GCAACAAAGAGGAAGACAGAAGAGUUUCGCGUGCUUUCAUCUCUAUUUUAGGAAAUCUUUGACAUGGGUCUGGUGUUAUAGCUGUCGACCUGAUGGAGUGUGGUGAUGGGAAGGUAGUGACCAGGCAUGUGGUGGACACAGAGUUCACUGCAGACUCUGCGGAGUGGUGUCCCCUGGAUGAGAAUGCUGACCUACUGUUGUGUGGGAUGUAUCAGCUGACAGACCCAGACUCAUCCACAACACCUUCGACAGAAAAUGUUCCCACAGAUGUCCCCAAAAAGAGAAUUGGGAGGAUUUACCUGUUCAGAGUGCUUGAUGAUAAUAACGGACAGUUUUCUUGUGAGGAAAUGGAGCGUUUAGAAACUGCUGGGGUGCUGGACAUUAAAUGGAACAGUCUGAGAUUGAAUCAGUGUCCAGCAUUUGUCGUGGCAGACUCAGAUGGUAACGUCAACCUGUAUUCUGUUAGUGUGGACAGAUCAGGUCUGGAGAAGUGUGUAAGCCAGUUGUCAUCAGCUUGUGUGUGUGUGGAGGGUAAGAAGGCCCUGGUUCUGUCCUUAGAUUGGUCUACUGCUGUUAAUAAGAGUUCCCCUGCUCAAAUCAUAUCCUCAGACUCAGAAGGAAGGUUGAAUUUAUUAGACUGUAAUGUGGAUGGACUUACACUAGUGUCUCAGUGGAAAGCCCAUGACUUUGAGGGGUGGAUUGCAGCCUUUAAUGCUUGGGACACUAACAUUGUUUACUCAGGGGGAGAUGAUUGUAAAUUGAAAGGCUGGGAUGUUCGGUGUAAAGAUAAGCCUAUUUUUGUCUCUAAUAGGCACAUGAUGGGUGUGGUCAGCAUUCAGAGUAACCCUGUGAAGGAGUUUAUAUUAGCUACAGGGAGCUAUGAUGAGCAUGUGUUGCUUUGGGACACAAGGCAGAUGAAGAGCCCUCUCUCCAACACUGCCCUUGGGGGAGGAGUAUUCAGGAUCAAAUGGCACCCAAGGCAUGGUCAGAAAGUACUCACUGCCACCAUGCAUAAUGGUUUCCAUGUGUUGGAUGCCCGUGAAAUCCCUUCAGGAGCUAGUAGUCUCCCUUUGAUGGCUCACUACUGCCAGGAGGAACAUGGCUCAUUAGCAUAUGGAGCUGAUUGGUCAAGAAGUAUCAGCAUGGAUUCAGCAUAUGACAGGAUUGCUACUUGUUCAUUUUAUGACCAUUCGUUACAUAUCUGGGACAUUCAUCCCUGAAAUAAAUGAAUCACAUUG